UGCCUUGUAUAGGUGGAGUUUGUCGAGGUUUGCAGUUUGCACUGUGCCGGGCUGGCUGCUCGUAGAAUCAGAGCGAACAAUCUCGAAUUGAAUGCCCCGCUAACAGAAACUUGUGGUGGGCAGCCGCACGGACCCUCGGCUCGACCCACCGCGCGUUCCGUCACCGCCGCCGCCAGGCACGUCUGCCCGCUGCCAUUCCGUCGCGUCGCGUCGAGUCGAGUCGAGAGUCGGGGCCGCCCGCCAACAUGCCGACACCAUGGCCGACAUCCCCCCGUAUCCGCUCUACAACCGCACCUACAGCCUGUACCGCCUGUCGCCGCUGCACCAUGGCGCCGCUGUCCUGCUUGCCGACGGCGCCCUGCGCACGCACGCGAAACGUCUGCGGGAGCAGCUAAAGGGCGACGCGGUGCGCGGCGUGCAGGUCGACUUUGCCGGCGCCGAGGACACAGCCAGGCUGGGGCCGCUCGAGGCGUGCAGCUGGGACCUGCUCGGCGACGAGGACGCCUGGAUCGACGGCCACGACCCGCUGCAGCACGACGCCGAGGCGUCGGCGCUGCGCGCGCUGCCGCCGCCCAGCGAGCCGCGGGGCAUCGAGGUGCGCGUCGAGUACGAGACGCAAUCGUACCAGGCGCUGCUGCUGCGCGAUCCCCGCGGUCCCGCCGCGCCCGACGGCUUCUCGUCGCUGCCGCUGCUGCUGCUGAAGAUGCCCGGCGCGGUGCGCGACGUGUUCCUGCAGUACCUGCGCACCGCAUUCGAUGCCCACGUCGCCCCGCUGAGGCUGCCGUCGGCGUUUAUCACGGCGAGCAUCGAGACGUGCUUCCGCCACCUGUCGGCCAGCACCUCGACGCAGACGAUUGCCGGGGUCGUGGGCCAGCUCAGCGUGCAGCUCGCCUUUCCCACCGCAACCACGCUCCUCCGGCACGUCGACUUGACCAUAGCUGCCGCCGACGUCCCCGGCUUCGUCGCCCGAGGCACGCACGCGCGCGACAGGCCCUUUACCGCCGCCCUCUCGGACUACCUCGCGGCCCACCUCGCGCUCGACGUGUCGCACCCGGCGGUCCAGGUGUCGCGCAUAGCGUGCAACGCCUUCCACCUGGGCACCGAGCGCCUGAAGCUCGCCGCGCCGGAUCCGCUUGCUGGAGACUCCCCCGCCGAGGGCGGCGCCUCGCAGGACGCCAGCGCGGGGCAGCUGGCCGUGGAGGAACUCGUCACGUCGCUCAUCCGAGAAGCUGCCGGCAGCGGCAGGUUUCUGCCUGGGACGGCUACGAAGAAGAGAGCCGUCAGCAGUGCGCCAGCUCCGGGCGGCAGCAAGCGCGCAAGGUCGAAGAGCAAGCGCAACGGACGGCGGGACGAUGCAGACGAGGAUGUGGAAACGCAACAUGGCCAAGUAAAGGCGUUGGCCAAGUAGAGGCGUUGGCCAAGUAGAGGCAUUGGUCAAGUAGAGGCAUUAGUCAAGUAGAGGCACUGGUCAAGUAAAGGCACUGGUCAAGUAAAGGCACUGGUCAAGUAAAGGUACUGGUCAAGCAAAGGCACUGGUCAAGCAAAGGUACUGGUCAAGCAAAGGCACUGCCAAGUAAAGGCACUGGUCAAGUAAGGGCACUGGUCAAGUAAAAACACUGGUCAAGUAAAGGCAACAUGGCAUGAUACUAGUCAAGCACAUGUCCAGUGUGGCGCUGGUGUCAAGACAGGAGCGCAGGACAGCAAAGUAAUAGUAACAGCAUGAUACAUAACGUGGUCCACCACCGAGCGGAUCACCCCACCGAGCGAAUCACUCUGCCAAGACCACAACGCUUUCUACUUCAAUUACAAUGGCUCAACCAGUUGAUCUUGAAUUACUUUCCUGUGCAGAU